CGAUGCACAGAAGUGAACGCUCUUGUCAUCCAGUCUCUUUGGUGGAGAGAGACGAGGAAAACAAACACGCAUGAAUAUGGCAAUUAAUCCCUUUUAAUUUACCGUGCAAUUAACCGACUUAUCGCAUAUCACGACAGGCCUAAUUAUGAUUCCCAGUCCCGCCUGCUCCCGUUGACUUUUUUCCCAUCCCGUCCCAAUCACAUCAAGAAUAGUGAAACUGAUUCGUGGGAAUCCCACGGGAAUCACAUGACCCGCGGGACUCCCAGAAAAAGUCAGCCUCUACUACAGAUAUGUGGCUGCUGUUUACCUACAGGCUGAUGUUUUGCCCCACCUUGCAAGUCUGUCUGAAGGGAGAUGGCGUAUUUCAAAAAGCAGACGUCAACUUCCUUCAUAUAAAGGAGAUGGUAUGCUGAAUGUGCACAUUUACUUGAAACAAUUAGUGUGAUAAAAGUCAGUGUGUUUUGAUACAUUGAAAUAGGGGUCCUUUCCAUGUCUGACCAGUAACAGCAGCUAUGUUUUUUUUUUUUGUAGUUUUUUUUUUUUUUUUUUUUAUUUAGGUCCCUGUCACCAUUGAUACUCUGAGGAACAUCAGAGAAGCUCCACUCCCGAGAUCAUUCCUGUCUCGCCUCCACCAGGACCUGGAUAAUCCCUAAGGACCUGGGGCCUUUAACAUUCGGCAUGAGGAGGAGAGGAACAGGAGAGGACAGGGGCAAGGAGAUGUCCAGGAAGCCCCAAGGGGGGGAGCAGUGGGCCAGAUUCCAGCAAGAGGUCAUCCACCCUUACCUAAGUGGCCUGGAAAAAAACCUUCACCUGAGGUUCCAUGACCUGGACAUACUUGGGGCUUUCAGUGUCUUCGGACCUAAAUCGGCUGCUCUGCAAGAUGACUCUGCAAACAUUGCCAAUCUGAAGAUUCUUGCCAGAAAAUUCUGCCCUGAGCAAGAGAAUGAGGUCCUGCAGGAGUGGACAUCAUUUAAGAACCAUGUCCUUACUGGGGCAUUCAAGGACAAGAACCAGGCUGACAUCCUUACUCUGCUGGCAAGUGAGUUCGAUGAGUGGGAUAAUAUCUACCCCUGCCUCAGCCUCCUCGCAGGCAUUGCCUUGGUGAUCCCCGUUUCAAGCAUGAAUUGUGAAAGGGAUUUUUCUACUCUUAAUAGGGUGAAAACAGACCUUAGAAACCACCUGCAAGGAGAACACCUGGCUGCCUGCCUGAGAAUUUCGAUCAAGGGGCCUGACCCCAAGGACUUUCCAUACGAUACGACGAGUAUUUUUUUUAGGAAGCCCCGAAAAAUUCAUUGCCCUGACAAAGGGUGCAAACUGCAGGAAGAAGGGAAACACAGGAUUAACUGUAGGGAGUAAAACUGAUGACUGCAGGCUAUCUGCAAGCUAUCUGUAUAUCUAUUUAUCUAUAUAUCUAUAUCUGGAUAUAUCUAUAUCUCUCUAUAUAUAUCUAUAUAUCUGUAUAUGUAUAUGUAUAUCUCUAUAUCUGUAUAUCAAUAUAUGUAUAUCUAUAUCUGUAUCUGCCUGUAUUCAAUGAAAGUGUUGUAGUUCUAUUCAAACUCCUCGUUUUUCUUGGUCGCACCGCUGCCACCACAAACAGAUUCCUGUCCUGUGGGAAACACUGCCAUGUGCUCAGAUAAAGGAACUAUUCAUAAAUAUUCCCUAUGUACAUUAGGGAUAGGCACUAAUUAUGUUUUCUAAGAGAGAGUGAUCGCAUGAAUUACUCAAGAGGGCAUAAUUUUCUUGUAGAGGGAAAUCUAAUUUUAGGUCACAUUUUAAGGAGCAUGGCAGCAGCAAUAACAAUGCACAGCACUGAUUCUGAUGCAUCAUGCUUAUUUUCAAUUAAAACAAUUACAAUUGCCAUUUAAGAUAAAGAUAUUUUUUACAACUAAACAUUAAAAAAGCAUUAAAUAAUAGCCUGUGGAGAGCCUGGUGUGCCACCCACAGCUCGAAGAAUCCAGGAUUUACAUUGGACUUUGUAUUUUGGAGGCCAAUAUGGCUGCUAAUAUGAAAUAGACAUAUACAUGAACAUAAACAUGUUCAGAUGUAGGUACAGGAUCUGUGAAGUGAGUUUAAUCAGGAUUGCUCAAAAAGUUAGUGAGCUAUGAGUUAUGGCUUAUUUCCCUCCAAGCCCUGCCUUUUGCUAAGUAAUUUUGAUAGAUGGCUGCUUUGUUUUUAGG